UGUAGCAUCGUCUGCGUAUUAACCUCCAAUUCGACGCUCGAGCUCUACACGCCGCGUGUUGGCACACGAGUUCCAAAGUUUACAUAUUUAAAUCAUAGUUUAUAUAUUUUAUAAAUUUAUAUUUUUAUAGUUUUAACGUUAGUUAAUUUUAAAACAAAAAGUCAAAAUGGCUAAAACAAGUUCAAGCAACCAUGCCCCGCGAAAGCAGGGCAUCAACAAGGCUGGUCACAGCAUGAAUCCUGAAAGGCCCAAGGACAGCGUCGCAGGCAAGGGUGUUUCCAAGCUAAGAACCAAAGCUACCAUCAAACGUCUGCAGAUGUACCGUAAUUCCAAGGCAAAGCGUAACAAGGCUGGAGAAAUUCUUACGCCUGCACCGUUUCAAGGAUGGAAUUCUGCUGGUACAAUGGCCAGGGUCGAACCAUCCCGUAGAUGGUUUGGUAAUUCUCGUGUCAUUUCUCAAAAUGCUCUCCAGACAUUUCAAAAGGCAUUGGGUGAAGUGAAAAAGGAUCCUUAUCAAGUUAUUAUGAAGCCCACUAAUCUGCCUGUAACUUUACUUCAAGAAGUAGCAAAAAAUCAAAGAGUACACAUUUUAGAAACAGAAUCAUAUGACAGAGUGUUUGGUCCUAAAAAACAAAGAAAGCGACCAAAUUUGAAUAUUGCAUCUUACGAUGAAUUCACACAGAAAGCUGAAGAAAAAGUUGAACAGUAUGAUAAAGAAAAAGAUGUCAAAGAUCACGAUCUCAUCAAACCCGAUACUGGUAUGAAAGAUGCUGUGAGAGAUUGGGUUAUGGCUGCUGGACAGAGUAAAAGAAUUUGGAAUGAAUUAUACAAAGUUAUUGAUUCCUCUGAUGUCGUUUUGCAAGUUCUAGAUGCCAGAGACCCAAUGGGAACUCGAUCUCCACCAGUUGAAAAUUACCUUAAAAAAGAGAAGGCACACAAACAUCUUGUAUUAGUGUUGAACAAAGUUGAUCUUGUACCUACUUGGGUUACCAAAAAGUGGGUAUCUAUACUCAGCCAGGAGUACCCAACUAUUGCUUUCCAUGCUUCAAUAACGCAUCCAUUUGGUAAAGGAUCUUUGAUUAAUUUAUUAAAACAAUUCGCUGUAUUCCAUAAAGAAAAGACACAACAAAUCAGUGUAGGAUUGAUAGGAUACCCAAAUACAGGCAAAAGUUCAAUUAUCAACACAUUGAGAUCCAAAAAAGUUUGCAAAGUAGCUCCCAUUGCUGGAGAAACUAAAGUAUGGCAAUACGUUACUCUCAUGAGAAGGAUAUAUUUAAUUGACAGUCCUGGAGUAGUAUAUCCUCAUACAGAAUCAGACACCGAAAAAGUUUUGAAAGGUGUCGUGAGAGUAGAGCUUAUUCAGGCUCCAGAAGAUUACAUCGAAUCAGUGUUAAAAAGAGUGAAACCAGAGUACAUCAGAAAGACGUACAAAAUCGACGAUUGGACCGAUCAUGUUGAUUUCCUGGAGAAGCUUGCCAGACGAACGGGUAAACUCUUGAAGAAAGGAGAACCCGACGUGAGUCAAGUGGCUCGUAUGGUACUGAACGAUUGGCAAAGAGGAAAAUUACCAUUUUAUGAAAUGCCAACCGGAUGCACCGAAGAACAUAUACCUAAAAAAGAUAAAAAGAAGACCGCAGCAAACGCUGAAGCAGCUGAAACUGCUGAAACCACCGAGACUACUGAAAAGGCAGAAACUGCUGAAACUGCUGACACCGCUGAUAAAACUGAAGCUGCUGAAGAGGUAGAAAAGGCAGAAAAGACGGAAAGUAGCGAAGCCGCCGAAAUCGACGAAACAGUCGAAACCGUCGAACUCACCGAUUUGAAUGAAGACGCCGACAAAUCGGCAAUCGAACUUCCGUUCAAAACGAUCGUCGAUGAAUUGGCCGACGAAGUCGUCAGCGACAACGAGGACGCGGAAACCACGAAGACCGGCGACAAUCUGUCAACCACCGCCGAAAUGACGUUAGAAGAUUCGGUUGUUACCGAAACCGAGAACGACAAAACAGUCGACCCGGAGAGUGACGUUUCUAAUGACGACGACGACGACGACGACGACGAGAUACCGAUCGAGAAAGACUCGUUGUUCCAGAGCGCUUACGAACCUGUGGUAUCAACCCUGGACUCAGACGCCACAACUUCGGAGGACGAGGCACCGGUUCCUGCUCCCAAGGCCAAGAAAGUCAAACAGAUGACUGCAGCAGCACCGGUUCCUGCCGCCAAGGCCAAGAAAGUCAAACAGAUGACUACGGCAGCACCGGUUGCUGCUCCCAAGGCCGUCAAGAAAGUCAAGGAGAUGACGUCGGCGAGCGGCGCCUUCGAAGUGGAGGAGAUCGAGCCCGCAGCAGGCAAGAAGGCCAAAAACAACAAGAAGGCCGAGCCACUGAAGAACAAGCUGACAGCCAAGAAGAGGCGCGCAAUCGAGCGCGCGACCAAGAGGAAGACCGUGGGCAGCAACUUCUACGAGACGAGCAACGUCAAGAACCGUAACAGGGACAGAAAAGUGCCGAAGGAAAAGGAGCCAGUGAGGGGCAAGAAGAAGUAAAAAGUGUCAUUGAUGUCAUGAAAUCUCAUGUAGUUCUCUUAUUUUUUAUUUGUUGUUGUUACAUAGUACGUAACGAUGCCACAUUAAUACGUACGUAAAGUAAUUACGACAAUAUAUGUAAAUAAUGUACAUAAGCUGUAGGAGUUUAAAAAAAUUCUUCUCAACUUUAGCUGUUCAUCACAUUUGUUACGUUGAUAAUAUUUAAAUUAUUAUGUAUCAAUAUGAGUCUAAAAUAAAAAAAACUUUUCUCAAUUUUACAACAUAAAAUGCAACGUCUCUAUUUAAUCAUCGCAAGUCUAUUUUCCUGUUAGCUGCACAAUUCACGUAUUACAUAUACGCGCAUUAAUCAUAUACAUUACACACGCGCGCCAAUUUUCGGAGUCGCAUCGCAUCGUCGUUCGUAAAAUAAUAAUCGAUGUGCUGUACCUCGUUCUAGUCCGCGUGCUAAUGUCUAUAUCUGUGUAUUAAAGAUACGCGCGAUAUAUAUAGAGUCACGUGAACUGUCCCACUCACUCUUGUAUCAUGUGUAGUUUAUACUUAUAUAUACACACUUGCCCUCUCGGCGCGACGCGUGGUAGUAAAGUUUGUGCCGCAGCAGCAGCAGCAGACUUUCGGAGUAUCGCGCGAGCGAGGCAUAGCAGUCUCGGCUCGUCUCUCCAAGCGCCGAGAUCGUGUUCCCCCCUACCCCCGGAAAUAAAACGACAACAAUAGCAAAAAAAAAAAUUAAAAAAACAAACAAACAAACAAACAGCGUCGAUAAUACUAGUUAUCGCCCAGUGAUUGAGUGCGCGUGAGAAAAAAAAAAUAAAUAAAUAAA